AUGGCAUCCGAACACGAAAAUGAGCCACUUCUUAUUUCUAGCGAAGAGGAAAUGGAAAAAAUCCGCCGCCGAGUUCAACACAAGAUCGCAGAGAAAUACCUUGAAGUUUUGGAUCCUGAUGCAAUGAUACCUGAGAGUGAAAAAGAAGUUCCAGAUCAUUCCAAACUCAGUACACAUUUUGAUGAAGAGACCAGACAGGAGUUUGAGGAAAGGUUUGGGAAAUACAGGAAAAAGAAAGGGUCCAAGUACAACCUACAGAAUGUCUUGUGGUUUAUAGGAUCGAUAGCAAUAUUCUACUACACUGACUUUUACAUUGCCUGUAGAUAUGAUCCAAGAGUCAACAGAAAUUGGUUCAAUAUUGGAGCUAUCCUCAUUGUGAUCAAUGUGUGUAUAGCACUUUUUUUCAUUGUGUACCUAUCUGCCAUAAAGAAGAUUGAUGUGGACGACUGGGAAAAACUCUAUCCAACUCUUAUACCAAUAGCAACAGGAGCUUUUAUAAUGGGUGGUAUGUGCGUUACAGUCGGCUUGUGGCCUGUUUGGAGUUUCUUCACACCUGUCAUCCUGUUUACAUUGUUUAUGGGUUUUGUUGUGUUUAUUGCAAUGAUUCCUUGACAUUUAGAAAGACAAAAAGACAAAGCUCUUAUCACCAUCAGCCAACCUCCAGCGAUACAAUCAGUAUUGUUUUAGGGAAACAGGUAAUUUGCUCAAGGUGUUAAUAUACAUAUAUAUACAUACUAAUAUAUACUUUAUAGCCAUCCAGAUAGAUACUACUCUAAGGUUUUCCUUGAAAGGAACAUAAAUUCAGCACAUUAUGAAAUAUCUGUAAUAUAGUAAAAUCAACCAGUCUUCUAAAUCUAUAUGGUCUUUGUUCCUUUGAUGAAGCUUGUGUUUGAAAAUUUAGGAUAAAAUUCUUGUCUUAAGAUAAUUUUCAAAUGCAAAAAUGUGAUAUUUAUAUUUGAUGUACACAUAGUUUUAGAUAGAUGAUCUACAUGUAUGGUAAUACAUGUAAUAAUUUUGUAUAAAAGCUAAACAGCCAAAAGAUAAUACUAUAUCUGUGACAUUUUGAUUAAGAACAGGAUUGCUGUCUUGACUUGCUUAAAGCAUGGUUAGAGUUAACCAGUAGUUAGUGAGAAAACUUGGACUUUAGAAGGCAAACUGACACUCAAAAAAAAUGUCACUGUAACUGGUCUCUACAAAUCAACAGUUGUGAAAUGACAAAGAAAUUUUGCAAUUUUGUUUCAUUCAUAUUUGAAAAUUUUCUUUAAUCACUGAUUAACUUUAACUAAGCUUUGUGCAACUGGAACCUUGAUUUGGAUCAUGAAUAAUUUACAGCAGUCAUAAUAUAUUUGGUCAGAAUAAGAGUUUUCUAUAGAAUAAACCAUUAUUGUCUAACUGUCCAUCUGUGUAUUAGGAAAUCCAAAGGAGGUGUUGGUUACAAUUCAAGGUUUUUGAUCUACGACA